UUGACUGAACGUGUAUGCAAUAAUCUUAUUAUUAAUAAGUAUAUAGAUUAUGUAUACGGAUUUAAAUGGAAUUUAAUGGAGAGUAAUCGAUAGAAUUAUCCAGACUAAGAGGAUUUCCACUUGACAGCCAUUCAAAAAUAUUUGUUGAGAUUCAUUUGUUAAUUAUUUACUUAAUUAAACUGUUAUCGCUUUUCCUCAGCAUUUGAUUAAAAUGAAGACAGGAAUGAAAUCAUUAAUACCGUACUAUUUUUUAUGUUUGACAAACGUAUUUUGCGACGACGUUAACAUCACUGGAUUAAUGGACACAUUGUUUGAAAAUUACCACAAAGAUGUUCGACCGUUAUGUGAUAGUGGGUCUGCAGUAAAAGUGAAAGUUGGAAUGGCUCUUCGCCAAGUCAUCGAUCUCAAUGAACCACGUCAAAUUUUGGAAAUCAAUGCUUGGAUAAGAUUGCGUUGGCACGACUGUGAUUUGAAAUGGAAUGCGACUGAAUUUGGAGCAGACAAUAUAAUCAUUCCUGUAAACCGGAUAUGGGUACCUGAUAUAACAUUAUACGAUAAUGUUGGAGAUCAGUUAUCCGGUUUGAAGGAUUACAGACCAGUUGUAUCGAGUAAUGGUGACAUAUCCUACAACUUUCCAACCGUCAUUACAAGCAUGUGUCCUGUUGAUGUUACCUUCUUUCCUUUUGACACUCAAAAUUGCCUGCUGAAAUUUGGAUCAUGGGCUUAUCAUGGAUAUGAAGUAGAUAUCAUUAAUUUGUCAGAUACAGGUGACAUAAGUUCCUUUGUUCCAAGUGUAGAGUGGGCUGUUGUGGGCAUACCCGCCAUUCGACAUGUUACACUAUAUGGAUGUUGUCCAGAACCAUACCCGGAUGUGACAUUCUAUGUUGUUUUAGACCGAAAGCCACUGUUUUACAUGAUGAGUUUAAUAUUUCCUUGCAUGUUAAUAACAGCAGUUGCGUGUCUUGGAUUCAUGCUUCCACCGGAUUCCGGAGAGAAAGUAUCAUUAGAAAUAACUGUUCUCUUGUCAUUGGCUGUAUUUCUUCUUGUCGUGUCUGAGACAAUGCCUCCUUCAUCAGAAAAUUUCCCGUAUAUUGGAGUGUAUUUUGCUUGUUCCAUGCUGCUAGUAUCGUUUUCCUGCCUGAUGACAGUAAUUGUUCUCAGCAUGCAUUACAAAGGAAUACAUGGAAGAGAGAUGCCACAGAUUGUUAAGACUAUCUUCUUUGAUUAUAUUGCUAAAUUUGUGUGUAUGACAACAGUUCGCCGCCGUGCUAGAAGAUGUUCUAUUCACCCCGUUUCGCCGCUGUAUCAAACUGGACCUGUUUUCACCUAUAGUAACGACGCAUUUCUUCAAAACGGAAUACCUAAAUCAGAAACGAAUGGAAAGGUUGACCCAAAUGGACUAACCACUAUGGUUGAUGAAUUAAAUGCUGAAAAUGCACAAAGAAUGGACGAUAAUUACAAUGAAUCAGCUAACAGUGACAUUAUUAUAACACUACAAAAACAAUUACAAAUCAUUAAAAAUAUUGAAAAGAACUUACAAGAAAAGAAAAGAAUAGACAGCAUUAUUGAGGAAUGGCAACUUCUUGCUAUUGUUUUGGACAGAGUGUUUCUCUUAUUUUUCUUUUUGUUCAUGACUGUUUCAACAUUAGCAAUUAUACUGCGAUCUGCACAAGUAUAAUUAAAUGAAGUCUAAAAAGUCACAUUUUAAAUGUUAACUACAAAAACAAAUUUCAAUUAAGAAAUGAAAUGACCAUUUAAUGGCAUUAUAUGACAUCAUUAUUAUCCAAAUGAAUGUUUUAUUUAUGCGUUGUAUCAAUGAAUAUAAGUUAUUCAAUAUACAUGAUGUAGUAAAUAACAAAUAAUUAAUGCCUUUAUAACUGGUUUUGGUAAUGUCGUUGACAUAUUUCACCGCGCUAUUUGUAUUUAAUAUCAUUCUUCAGUACGCUCAGGGGAUUGGCGUGUCAUUGAUUUGUUUGUUCAAGAUGUUUAUUUCAAUUUGCAAUAUUUGUUGAUAUAAAGUUAAAUUUUUGGCCUGAACUAAAAUUUCACUAAACUCUCUUUGCAAAUUGUUUCUUUUUAGUUGUAUCUGCAGGUUUUCUUAUUGCUAAUUUUACAAAGGCAAGUAUAAUGUGUUAAUAGUUUGUCUAAUCAUCAAGAUUAUGAGAAGUAACGACUUUACUCAUAACUGUACUAGUACUCAAGUCAGCGUUAUGAAUUUGUUGAUCGUUUCAUUAACUCUGUACCUCAACUCACUAGAUAAUACAUGUCCACUGUCAAUCUGACAUUAUUACCGUUUUAUCAAGUUCCCGGCUUUAACACCUGCUAUUUCAUGUGUCUUUGAAAUCGUGCGAGGGGCGAUUCAUGCAACACAGGAAAUUUAACCCUGUUGAUGGUUUAUUUUAGGAAGGAAUGUAAAUUUCAACGAUUUUCAAGAAACGUUAGACAAAAUUAGUUCUAUUUCACGUUUUUAAAUGUCUAACUCCUUUGUACAGGCAUAUUUCUGGUUUUGUCCCUCUAAAAAUAAUGUCAAUUUAUAUGUAUGGGCAGCACGAUGUGAAUCUUCAGGAUAUAUUUUUAUUGAUAAUCAAAGUUGUUUUAAUGUACAUGAAUGUAUUUUAUUUUAUUAAAGUAAUAAUUUUGAACAUCCAAUGAGUAUUCAUUAAAUAUGUUUAAAUUUGUAAAGUAAAAUACAAAACCAGAAAGUUGGGUUUCAUUUAAUCGUCAUCCAAAUCAUUGACAGAAUUAAUUAGGUUUCAAUGUCAUUGAAACAUUUAUUGUUUAAUGUUAACUUUUACAUUGUUCAUGCGUAAGAAAAAAUGUUUAAUCAUAUUUACGACCAGAUUUGAAUAGAUGUGUAGAAAAUAAUGAAGAACAGAACAUGACUUCAAGGUAAUAUGCCAAAUAAACGAUUGAUAGAGAGUUUUGUAUCAUCCUUGACACUGGAGCGUUGAACCAAUUUGAUUCGGACAGUCACUUAAAAACAUUAAAAUUUCCCAUAAGUCUUUUUUUAUUAUUUGUAUUGUUUAUUGAUAUUUUAAUUCAGAUAAUCAAUAUCUACUGAGUUUAAAACUCAAUUUGAAGGUAUUUUAAUACGCAACUAAUACAAAACAGCCAAUGAUCACUUCCGCCGGGAAUCUGAUCCUUUAUUAUCACGACAUUAUGUUGUUGAUGGACAUUUGAAAUACUUCCAUUUGCCAGUCCUCGAAAACUGGUACUCACUUGCGCAACACUUCAUGUUCUCUAACAAGACAUAUAUACAAUAUAUUACACAUAAAAGCAUUACGAGAACACGUACCACAUCUUUGUUAAGGAUGUUGUUUACAGAAAUAGCAUUAUAUUUUAAAAGAUAUUUUUGUUUCCCUAUUAAUAAUAUUAAGUUAUAUGAUAGAGGCAGCAAGAUAUGAAUCAUAAGGAUCGCAGUUUUUUAUAUGUAUAAUACAUUUGAUUAAUGACGGAAAAAAGCUCAAUACUACUGAUGCACCGUAAUCAAAAUAAGGUCAGGUUAUUAUGAGAUUACUUGAUGUUCAUGUAGUUGACCGAAUGCUGACAAACAUUAUUUUUGAGCUUGAUCAUUUGAUAUUGUAACCGUAAUUGUUCAUAUAUACUUUUAAUUGUAAUAAGGGUAUGUAGGAUUUGAAUGCACAAAUCUAUACAUGUCGCAUUUCUUUCCUUUUUUUUCAUAUGUUUCCUCCAAAAAUGCAGAUGUAAUAAAAAAUUAUAAAUUUUUAAAUUCAAAAGCUCAGGUACUUUUCACAGCGAAUAAAAAGUAAAAGCUUUUUCUGGAAAUAUAACAAACAAGAUGCAUAUGGCUUUUUAAUCAAGAUUUUGUAUCCAUUCCUUAACAAAUUGUCUUUGUCUAUAUAGUUUAUAUUUUCAUUACUGGUAUUAAAUAAAAUAACCUUGUUUACUGA